UAACCCGCUAUUUUAGUGAAAUUUUUGUUUUUACAAUUGGAUGCAGCUAAUUUUGGCAUAAUUUUGACAAGAAUUAAAAUUUUGAAAUGCUGCCUUUUAGAAGAUUUAUAAUUUUUCGUGAAAAUAGAAAAGAACAAAUACGAAUAAACAGAGUUGAAAUGAGACUGUUACGAGAUACAAGUAACCCUUUUAAUUUAACGAAUGAAAGGUUUACUGAUUUAUUCAGAUUGACCAAAGAUUUAGUCUAUUAUUUGGCAGAAGAAUUAAACAUCCAUUUACAUCAACCACAAAGAAGUACUGCUAUUCAUCCAGUUUCGGCUAUCCUUGCUACAUUAGCAUUUUAUGCUACCGGUACUUAUCAGCGACCACUGGGAGAAAAUUACUUCCCAGGGGUAAUUGGAGCGAUUGAUGGAACCGAUGUAUUAAUAGAGAGACCUAAACAGGAAGAACAUAAUUACAUUAACAGGAAAGGAUUACAUUCAAUGAACGUUCAAUUUAUUUGUGACUAUGAUUUGAACAUCUUAAGCGUUAAUGCACGUUAUGCUGGGUCAAGUCAUGAUUCGUUUAUUUGGAGAAAUUCAGCAAUACAAGUGGAACUACAAGGUUGCUUCGCUAAUGGUGACAGACACUCUUGGUUGUUGGGUGAUUCUGGAUACCCUCAACAGCCAUAGCUUAUGGUGCCUUUUCAACACGUAGUGCCGGGAACACCUGAAGCUAGAUGUAACGAUCGACAUAAAGCAACACGAAAUUGCAUUGAACGUCUUUUUGGAGUACUUAAGGGGCGAUUUAGAUGCAUGCUAAA